GCAACAAAACAAUUUGGGCCUUCUAAUCUUUCUUGUGGCUUUCAUUUUCUUCCUCGGAUUAUUUUUGAGAAGUAUGGGUUCACAAAGUGAAACCGUGUGCGUCACCGGUGCCUCCGGUUUCAUCGGUUCAUGGCUGGUCAUGAGGCUCCUGGAGCGCGGCUACACUGUUCGGGCCACCGUUCGCGAUCCAACUAACGUGAAAAAAGUGAAGCAUUUGCUGGACUUGCCCAAAGCGGAGACGCAUCUGACUCUCUGGAAGGCAGAUCUUGCUGAUGCAGGAAGUUUCGAUGAAGCUAUUAAAGGCUGCACCGGCGUCUUCCAUGUUGCCACACCCAUGGAUUUUGAAUCGAAGGAUCCUGAGAAUGAAGUGAUAAAGCCAACUAUUGAAGGGAUGUUGGGCAUAAUGAAAUCGUGUGCUGCCGCAAAGACUGUCAGAAAGCUUGUAUUCACGUCCUCUGCAGGAACUGUGAACAUUCAAGAACACCAACUGCCAGUGUACGAUGAAAGCUGCUGGAGUGAUAUGGAAUUUUGCCGGGCGAAAAAGAUGACUGGAUGGAUGUACUUUGUCUCCAAGACACUGGCUGAGCAAGCUGCAUGGAAGUAUGCCAAGGAAAAUAACAUUGACUUCAUCAGUAUCAUACCGACUCUUGUGGUUGGCCCCUUCAUAAUGUCAUCAAUGCCUCCAAGCCUCAUAACUGCUCUUUCCCCGAUCACCGGAAACGAAGCUCAUUAUUCAAUUAUACGGCAGGGCCAAUUUGUUCACCUGGAUGACCUCUGCAAUGCUCAUAUUUACUUGUUUGAGAAUCCUAAGGCAGAGGGACGUUACAUUUGCUCCUCCAACGAUUGUAUCAUUCUCGAUCUUGCAAAAAUGCUUAGAGAAAAAUACCCCGAGUAUAAUAUCCCCACAGAGUUCAAAGGUGUUGAUGAGAACUUGAAGAGUGUCUGUUUCUCCUCCAAGAAGCUGACAGAUUUGGGGUUUGAGUUUAAAUACAGCUUAGAGGACAUGUUUACUGGAGCUGUGGACACAUGCCGGGCCAAGGGAUUGCUUCCCCCUUCACAUGAGAAACCUGUAGAUGGCAAGACCUAGAAGAAGAAUUUCUGUCAGGCUUUCUAGCGAGAGCGUAGAAAUGUCCUUCAUUCUGUGGAAUCAAGGCUUUCUGGUAGUUUGAUUUGGCCAACUAUGUAUGAAAUUUGUCUACUAUUUUAUCCAUUAAAGGAAAUUAUUCUAAUGGUCAAUGUGCCGGAAA